GAGGUAAAUAAAAAAUUAAAAAAACUAGGGAAUGAGAGUUUGGGGUUCAAUUUUUGUAGAAAUUAGUCGAUUGUGACUGUUUGGGUUUGAAUUUGGAAUUUGUGUUAGGGUUUAGGAUUUGCCUUCAAUUUGUGAUGUGUUUGCUGGUGAAUAUAUGUCCUCUGUGUUAGGGUUUGGGAUUUGUGGACAUAUAUAUCCUUUGUGAAUAUAUAUCAUCUGUGCCUACCAAAAUCCUUCACCAAAUUUGAACAUGCUCAUAUAUCGUUUGAUGAAAUGCUCUAAACAGUUUUGUGGAUAAAUUUCUUUAUUAUUGCAUUUAAUUGAAACUUUGUAACUUUCUUUUCAAUUUGUGUAUUAGAUGAAAUGUCAAGAAUGUUGGGGCUUGUAUAUGCUUACUAAUGUUUCUCUUUUUAUCUUCAACCUAUCCAUGAAACUAGUAGUUUUCAAACUAAUUUUUCACUUCUGUACCUGAAGCUUUUCUAUGGUUUGGACUCUGAAAAUCCCACGAAAAAGGGACAUUAUGGGUUCGAAUUGUUAGCUUGUUAGGUUCAUUAUUUUUAAAAGCUUGAAUUUAGAAUAAUUAUUGAUGUAACAUGCUAUAAGAACUCAGAGAGGGUAUAUAUGGAGCCCUCUUCAAAUCCUUACAAACUUUUUGUGUACUUGAGGGAGGGUGCACUUCAGCUAAGGUAUGUGUGCGGUUUGAAAUUGGUGUUGACAUUUGGAUUUUUGGCUUCAGUUUUUGCUUGGGUACAUAGGCAGAUUCUUUUGGCUUUUUAUUAGGGAUUAUUGCUUGGGUACAUAGGCAAGAAUCUGCUUGGGUACAUAGGCCAUAAUUUUGGGUACUUAUGCAUUUUUUGGCUUAGCGAGUGUAACAAUUUAGACAAAACUAUGGCUUUGAAAUGGCUUUCGCAUUAUGUAGGCAAAUUAGAGAACUAUGGCUUCUUCUUCUACUAAUAAUAGCAAUAUAAGAUUAAAACCAAGAUUGUGUGAUUGUGGGAGAACUGCGAUGAUGUAUAUUGUACGCACGAAUGAGAAUGGAAACCAAGGACGUUUGUUUUUUGUUUGCCCAUUGAAAUAUAGUCAUAAGAAACAUUGUAAUUAUUUCAAAUUCGCAAAUGAGGAUGAUAACGACACUAGCUCGACAAUCCGUUCCAGUGUUGGACCUCAGAAAGCUAUAAGAAUAGAAGAAUUAAAUGAUCUAAGGACAAGGAUUUCUGAGAUGGACAAUGAAAUUCAUGAGCAUGGUAGAAGGCUUCAAAGAAUGAGAAGAAUUUCAAGUCAAUGAUUUAUGUCAUUGUUUUUUGUGUCGUUUGGCACUUUAUCAUGUAAAUGACGGACUUUCGAACAUUGUAGAAAAUUUCAUGAAAGUAACAAAAAACUU